UGGAUUGAUUCUUAGGUUAUCAUUUUCCGGGAAAGAUCAGCAACUUGAUCCGAGAUUGUUUGAGGGAGUUUAUUGCAGGACAUCAUGGGGAGGAAGUGCUGCGCUCUUCUGUUGACGGAUGAUGUUGCGUUGCCCCUCGACGCGAUCCUGUCUGCUGUGCGGGAUGCGGGAGCCGAAGCAGUCCCGGAAGACGAUGUCGUCGUUAUCACCCACUGCGAAUCGCUUGAAGGGAAAUUGCCAAUUAUGACUGCAUCUUUCGAUGUGGUCGUCACUGCCUGGAACAAACCCGAGCUUGUUGGAGAGCAGUGGCUUCGCGAGAUUGGUCGAGUGCUAAAACCCGGUGGCGAACUCAUUUUACGAUCUAUUCUGUCUCCUGGUAUGCUGGAAAAGCCAAGCUCCACGAUGGAGUUGAAGUUGCUUAUGCAAGGUUUUCUGGAUGUGCAAUCACUGGAAAUGAAACCUUUCUCAUCAGCUGGAAAUGUUCAGUCCAUUACAAUCAAGGGUAAGAAGGCUUCUUGGACAGCAGGUUCAUCUUUUCCCUUAAAGAAAGCAACGAGUAUGGUACCCAAAAUUAAGAUUGAUGAUGAAUCAGAUCUGAUCGAUGAAGACAGCCUCCUGACCGAGGAAGACCUGAAAAAACCACAGCUGCCUGCCUUUGGAGACUGUGAGGUUGGAAGCACAAGGAAGGCUUGCAAGAACUGCACUUGUGGAAGGGCUCAAGAAGAGGAGAAAUUGCAGAAAGUGGGAUUAACCACAGAGCAGACGAAUAAUCCUCAGUCCGCUUGUGGCAGUUGCGGACUCGGGGAUGCAUUCAGGUGUGGUGGAUGCCCUUACAGAGGCCUUCCCCCCUUCAAAUUGGGCGAAAAGGUUUCCUUACCUGGAAAUUUCCUUGUUGCUGAUAUAUGAUUUGUGUGAAGACCCAGCAAGCAUCAGAUCGUUCACUUGACAACGUUACAUCGAGGAAUCCUCCCUCCUUUAUCUUCUGGGUAUUUUUUUUCAUGAGGAAUUUGGUUCCCUUGUAUUAUUAUUACUCUAAAGCUUCUGCAACCACAAUUUCGACGGUCUCCAUCGUCUUCAUCUUUUCAUUCCACUUUAUUGUGUGAGUCCUCAAAAUCGUGUGCCAGCUACUUUCUCAUUUCCACACCUGGGAGUGAAGGAUUAGUAACCAUGCCGCUUGCCUUUCCUCUUAUUGUUUAUUUCCUAUUGACUAAGACACGGAUGCGAUGAACGCAUCCACCUUCUCGUUCAUGCUCCUCGACAAAAACUUCAUGCAUAUGGGCGGCUUCACCUUGGCCAGCGCGAGCACCGACUGCGGAAGAGUCCAUAUCCCGUCGCCGCAGAUCAACCCCGAGGCCACCGCCGGCCCGAACGCUUCCGCCUUCGCCUUGUCCGUCCUCUCCCAGAUGAACAACAUCAAGCUGCCUACACACAUGUCGAUGGCAAAGGCAGACCCCAAGUAGAACGGUAUCGCGAUGGCCAUCGGCAGCGGUAUGAACCUCGCCGCCUUCUUCCCCACGACGUCCCUCGAUGCGUUGACGAGGACGGCGGCGAGGAAGAACACGUAGCAGAGGACGAGGCAGUGCUUCGGCAGCGACGAGAAGCCCUCCACCCCGAGUAUCGCCAUGUUGCGGUAGACGAGAGCAUUGGGCGAUGGGUACUCUGUUCCCGGGACGCCGAUGUCUUCGAAAGCCUUCAAGAACAACCAGAAGACGGACGGAGCAAUGACGCAUCCCAUGGCAGUGCCGAUCACCUGGCUGACGAACAUGGACCUCGGCGAGGCCAGAGUCAAGUACCCGGUCUUGAAGUCCUGCAUGAGGUCGGAAGCGGUGGACACGAUGCUCAUCAUGACACCGCAAGCAGCGAGGCCCGCGAGAACGCCGCCGCGGGAGGCCCCAGCCCACGCGCCGAUGGUGAAGAUGGCUAGCUUGCCGUAGGUCGAAGCAAGAGACCAGUCGGUAAGGCCAGCGCCGUAGGCGUUGCAGAACGCCAGCACCGGCGCGAACACGUAGGCCACCAGCACGUAGUACCACCGCAGCUGCGGAAUGAUGUGGGGAAGCGUAGCAGUUGAUACGGCAGCAACGACAAGAUAACCUCCGUAGGCAAUUGGUUUGGGGAUUUGGUCCUUGAGAAAGAGUUGGACGCGACGCUGGUCAUCGAUGGUGACGGCGGACGUGUCAUCAGAGAAGGGCAGCGGAGUCGCAGACGACUUGCUCCUGAUUUGAGUCACGAAGGCAGCCACAGUCUUGCUCAAGACCUUGAAGAAGUUGUAGAGGCCGUCUCCCAGGAUCAGGGCAAUGGCUAUGAACACCUGCAACGAAGUGCUCGACGAAAUGAUUGCACUGUGAUGAUCCUACUUAGCCGGCCAGUUUACAUGAGACGAUGCUUUUUACCCGGUAUCCUUGCAACCCUUGAAGACUGGUUGAAGGGAGAUCUGCCGAGUACCAGUCGCCUUUCUUAGCACCUAUCAGAGGCCACAUGAUUCCCCAUGAGAGGAUGCCUCCCAAGAGCACAGAUAUGUUUACGAGAUAGGGACAAAUCAUCCCAACCCCAACAUAUGUAGCUGAAAAAUCAAAGUAGAACCUGCAGCGAUAUCCAACUAGUUUAUCAACAAGUUUGAAUCA